AUGGGUAUUUGUUUUAAUAAGGACGAGAAAGAUCUGACGGGCGAUCGAGCGGAUCCUAGACCUUUGAGGAGCAGUCGAGCAAUCGUGAUUUUUGUGAUAGGUGGUCCAGGUGUUGGAAAGAACACGUUGGGUAAAAAGUUGGCUUUGAAGUUCAGUCUCGUUUUGGUAUCGAUAUCCGCUAUACUUCGCGAAGAGAUCGCUAAAGGUACGGAAAGGGGACAUUUGUACAAGAGUUUCAUGGAGAAGGGUGAUCUUUUACCAGCCGUGACGGUCGUUCAAUUGCUGGUGCGAAAGAUGUUGGCCUAUCCAGACGCGAACGGAUAUUUGAUCAUUGGCUUCCCCAGGGACAAGAAACAGGCUGUACUGUUCAACACGGAAGUAAAGCCGCCCGAUUUGAUAAUAAAUCUGUGUGCCAGAAAAUCGAUUCUUCAAAAACGACUAGCGCAGCGUGCUGUGGAAACGCUGCGGUUCGACGAUACCGAGGAAACCAUUCGAAAUCGUAUAACAAACUAUUUCGUGAACCUGGAAGGUGCGAUCAUGCCUAACAGAGUCGUGAUGAAGAUGGUCGAUGCUGAAUUAAGCAUGGAGGAAGUAUACAACGUGGCUUGCAGUUUAAUAGAGAAAACUCUAAUAAAGGAAUGA